UCUAUAACACUGGACUAGAGUUUACUCUGGUCCUUUCUCUUCCACAACAUAUAUCGAAACGUUCGUUCAUUUUUGGCGACUGUAUAAUAUUUCGGGUGCAAAAAUAUGCGUGGAUUGCAAAAAUCGAAGCGAGUUUCAUGGGCUUCGGAUUUGAAUCUUUGUCAGGUUAGGUUAUUCUUAUCAGAGGAAUCUCCUUCACAAGUUGGGUUGAAUUCUCAAGAUCACCUCCAAGCAAAGAUAUCGUCCGUGUUGCAUCAAGGAGAAGCUGGUUCUGAUGAUAUUUUGCCUCCUGGAUUUGAAGGAACUUGUGCUUCAAGUCAGUUUGACAUUAAGCUGUCCCAAAUACCAAUUAUUAGCUGGGUUAAUCCACCUAAGAUCAUGCUAGAUCUCACAUGGCUUGUGGUGGCUGGGGAAGAAAGCAAAGAGAUAGUUGAUCAACCUCACAGGGAGAUGAGAGUCCUUGAGGCUAUAUAUCCACGGAUAUCUUCCAUUCCUCCAAAUCCUUCUGUUGCACUGAACGUUGAAGAUUCUCAUGACAUGGAUGAGUGCACUGUUGUGAUCCCAAUUACGCCCGUUGAAGACGGGGAUGUGGCAGCAGAAAUAUUAUCUCAUUCCUUGAAACAAUAUGCUGUUUCAAAGUCUCAUGAGUUAUCUCCUGGUAUAGCAGAGAAUUCAAACUCUGCUACAAGUAUGUCUGAUGUAGCUGCUGCAUCUGUUGCUUUAACAAGCAUAGUAAAGAGCAGCGAACACGGUAAUUUGAUUGACCGUGAAUUACUCAAUAACAUUCUCAACAAUCCUGAAGUGAUUGAGAAGUUAGUUAGAGAUUACGGAGUUCAAAAUAAUGUACAAUAUGUACAAAACAUGGGAUCAUCUUCCGGAGUUUUUUCACAUCCUACUAAUCGCAUUAAUCAAGUUGAAACCACUACAACCUCAUCUAAUCCUUUUUUAUCCACUUCUUCCUAUACUCACACAAAUGGUGUUCAAAUGGGGGCAAAUGUUUCUUCUCAAUGGCAUUCUAGGCCUUUAAUGAGUCCAGCUAUUGCUGCUGCUCCUGUUGACCCCCCUUCAACAAAAGAUGUAAACUACUAUAAGAGCUUGAUUCAACAACAUGGAGGAGAUAAACAAGAAGCACUUCCAUACUCCUCCAGUAAUCGUCAGAACCAGCAGCCAUUAACAAACUUUGAGACAGUACACAAUUUUAGAGCAAAGGGGUCAAAACCAAAGAUAAUGAAGCCUUGUAUCUUUUUCAAUAGUUCCAGAGGAUGUCGCAACGGAACUAACUGUACCUUUCAGCAUGAUGCAUCAUUUCAGCAACAACAAGGCAAUCCUGUGUCAGGGAUGCGAAGUUCAAAGAGAAUGAAAAUGGACAACGAGAUCAGCAGUUAAGUGAACUCUGAAUGAACUUCAACUGGUGGUGAUGAUGUUGGUUGCCAUUUGGGGAGGCCUGAAUGCAAGGUUCAUAUCAUACACAUUUGAUGUGGUGAAGUUAGCAUUUUAUUUUGUAAGUGAUUUUGAGCCUAAAUCGAUGCCAGUUUCUGAUCUCAUACAUUUUAUCAUUUUUGAAUGGCGUCUCCUCUUUCUUGGUUAUUCUUCAUGAUUGUAAUUAAGCAUGAGGUUUUGAUGUUGCAACUGAUAGGAGAUACCACCAGCUAGAUGAUGUAUUAAUAAAAAAUAUUCUUUGGUUA